AUGGAACAUUCGUACAACUACUAUUCUGGUUAUAAUGGGACAGACCAGGCUUCUAGAGCUUAUAUCUUCCGUCCUAAUGCCACAUUUCCAAUAAAAUCUCAAGGGCAGAUUGGACCUAUCCCUAUAGAUGAUGGUGUUGGGAAAGAAAUAACAACUCUGAUCACAAGUGCCUUGAAGACAAACAAAACAUUCUAUACGGAUUCUAACAGGAAAGACUUCAUUAAAAGGGUUCGUGAUUUCAGAACAGAUUGGGAGCUGCAAGUGAAUGAACCAGUUGCUGGAAAUUAUUACCCAAUAAAUCUUAUGCUCAUUAUGAAGAUUCAUGUUGGAAUUGAAUUGAUUGUGGACAAGGGAGAAUUUCCUGAGCACCAAUGUGCAAAUGUUAUAGUGGCAAAUGAGUGGAUUUAUUUACCUUCAGAAACAAAUGUUGAAUGCCUCAAGUCAGACCUCGUGGAUUAUGUUCUCAAGCAUGGGAAUAAGAAAGAUAAUAUAUGCCAUUCUUGCUUUAAAAUAAAGGAUUGCCUGAUUAUUAUUGACCACACAUUUUCAAAAAUCAAGCUGCUUGUGUUGCAUAUACUAUCUAAGUGGGGUACAGAUUGUGAACUUCUUUCUACCUUGCUAGAAGCUGCUUUGCUUAUGGUGUCCAUGGAUGACAUGCGGGUCAUUGGUCAACAUGGUAGUUUCUUAUGGUGUCCAUGGAUGACAUAUGGGUCAUUGGUCAAGAUGAUAGUUGCUUAUUGUGUGAUGGUAUCACCCAUUGAUUACAUAUGGGUCAUUGGUCAACAUGUUGCUUAUGGUGUAAUGGUAUCACCCAUGGAUGACAUACGAGUCAUUGGUCAACAUGGUAGUUGCUUAUGGUAUCCAUGGAUGACAUACGAGUCAUUGGUCAACAUGGUAGUUGCAUAUGGUGUGAUGGUAUCACCCAUGGAUGACAUAUGGGUCAUUGGUUAA